GCUACCUGUGCGUAGCUUGACGCAGGCAGCUCGUCUGUAGCUGCUGCUGGCUGCUGCAGGCGUGCUAUUUGCGGCAGCGGAGAAGAUCUCUGCGAAAUGCCUUUUGUACUCCCGGAUGUUUUUUUUGGUUUAGUUUUGUGUUUUGAGAGGGUCACAUCGCAGCGUUUGUAGCCAUGCUCUGUGGCGGAUUCAGUGGGCUGUCCUAGCUGCCUGAGCCGCUCCAGCAGCGGUGGGUCCGGUGCAGUGCACAGCCGGGGAUGAGGCCUACUUGUUAAAGCUCCCCCACCACCCCUCCAUCGUGAUGGCUGAUGAUCAACAACAACCUGGUCAGAAGCCUGCCUCGGGAUUAGGCUCUCUUCCAGCGUUGGUGCCAGGACUCCAGGGGCCCGAGGCAAACGCGUUACAGUUCAAAAUAAAGAAUUCAAUUUGCAAAUCUGUACAAUCAAAAGUGGACAGCAUAUUGCAAGAUGUUGAGAAGUUUACAGACAUUGAAAAACUCUACCUCUACCUGAAGUUGCCUUCUGGUCCCAGCAGUGGCAAUGACAAAAGGACUGAGAAUGAGAGGGGGUCCUCCACUCCUGGAUUAUGCGAUCAGAGUUCCAUGUCGUCAAGCCGUACUCAACAGAUGUAUGCAUUCAACUGGAUACGGAAUCACCUAGAAGAGCACCCGGAGACUUCCCUCCCAAAGCAAGAGGUGUAUGAUGAAUACAAGAGCUAUUGUGACAAUCUCGGCUACAAUCCUCUGAGUGCAGCAGACUUUGGAAAGAUCAUGAAGAAUGUCUUUCCUAACAUGAAGGCACGUCGACUGGGCAUGAGGGGCAAAUCCAAAUACUGUUAUAGCGGGUUAAGGAAGAAAGCUUUUGUUCACAUGCCGUCUUUACCCAAUCUCGACCUGCAGAAGUCUGGUGAUGGGUGUGAACUGAUGGAGCCGACGGGCCAGUCCCCGAGCGCUGAGGAUGAGAUGAGAUCUGCAGCCUGUGGACUGGUGUGUGAGUGGGCCCAGAAGGUUCUGAGUCGUCAGUUUGACAACGUGGAGGAUCUGGCCCGCUUCCUGCUCAAUAGCCACUACAUUGGUACUAAGUCCAUGGCUGCACUCACUGUUAUGACCGGAACACCCACAGGAAUGAAGACGCCAACCCCAGCUUCUGCAUUUGUGCCCACGGCUGAGGCGAACUCUUUCCAGCCCCAGGUGAAGACCCUGCCCUCUCCCUCUGUUGAUGCAAAGCAGCAACUACAGCGCAAGAUCCAGAAGAAGCAGCAGGAGCAGAAGCUUCACUCACCCCUUCCCAACGAGACCCAGGUCAAGAGAACUGAAGCCAGUACCCCGGGACCCACAAUCCCCUGUGGCAGCCCUGCUCUGCUCUCCCCUCAGCCUACCAUAGGCAUCGUAGUAGCAGCCGUCCCAAGCCCAGUCACGGUACAGAGAAGCAGGCAGUUAAUGACUUCGCCCAGCCCUGUUGGGACAGCAGAGGGGAAGGUGCUGCCUGUGAACUUUCAAGUGGUCACUCAGUCUCUUAAACAGUCCCCCAAAACACCCCAGAACAUCUCAGCCAGUCCUGUGGGUGACCGUCUGGCGAGACACGGUACACGGUACGCCCAAAUUCUGCCUAAGCCCUCCGCCACCAGUGCCAUCACGCUGCGCUCACCCCCCACCCUGCUCAUAACCAACAGCCCCAUCAAAACUGUGAUGCCCACUCCCCACGUCAGCUCAGUCAAUGUUGUGAAGAUGACGGCCAUCGCUCUGGCUCCCAGCAGCAGCAGUGCGACUGUUCGUCCUGCCUCCGCAGGUGUGACUACUAUAGCUCACUCGGAAGAUUCCCAGCAUCUGCAUGGUGGGAGCUUGGUUGCUCCUCCGUCUCCUGCAAUCAGACCCAGUGUUCAAGUCUGCACCCAAAUUCUUUCCACCGACAUCAAAGCGUUGUCUGAAGCUGGAAGUGACAACCACCCCACCAUGGUCACUGAGAAAACCGCUCUAGGGGCCAAAGAGGAGAGAGUGGCGAAGUUCAGGGCUGCCAGUGAGCCAAGCUUCCUGGUGAAGUGUUCUCCAGUACCUGACAGGGGGGUGAGGAUAAAAUGUGACCCCACAUCCCCUCCCAUCUCAAUAGCUGUAGCUGGGACUCAGGACAGCAAUAACAGUAACUGCCAUGACAGUACUUUGUACUUGACUGUUGAUAAUCACAACUCCAAUGGCAACACUUCAUCCAAAAGCUCCUCCGCUGUUACCCCAACAUCAAAGGAUCCCUGCCAGGAUGCCAAGAGCCCCAGGAAGCGCACAGGCCCAAGUGGGGAUUCCCAUGUGAUUCCUGUGAAGAGGGUGUUUAUCUCCCAGCAGCCAGUGGCUAUAGUUGACAAUCCCAAGCCCGGACUCAGUGCUGCAGUGAAGAGGCUCCCCAGACCGGGAACCCCGGCUCGACCAGAGAGUGCCCCCUGCAAAGUGACUGUGAAACACACCAUCAUAGGGCCCACACAGAUUCUUGCACUCUCCGACUCGCCCAUCACACACACAGAGGGCUCCCAGACUGUUGUCAAACCCCAAGCCUUGGUGGUGAAGCACGAAGACCGUUCUCUCAGCACUGAUACCAGCACUGGAGCGGUUGGUAGCAACACGUCCGAUCAGGUGUUGCUACAACAGAUCACCGGGGACCCUCACGCCAUACCAGCCAACUCAGGAGCACACGCAGCCUCUGCGAUGGGCGACCUAAAGAGCACAAUAUGGGAGGAGGGUCAGCUUGACGAGCUUCGAAAGCAGGCGUUUGCUCAGCAGAUACCAGCAGAACACAAACAAGCCCCCACCGACCAACUUUCCAUUAUAGCUCAACCACCCGAGUCCUCAGGUCAGCUAACCCUCACGCAGGAGAUGGUUGACUUUGCAGGUUCUCAGCCUAAUAUGGACUACUUCCCGUUCAAUGAUGACGACAUGACACAGGACAGCAUCGUGGAGGAGCUGGUCCAAAUGGAGGAGCAGAUGAAGCUGAAGGGUCUGUUUGGCAGCUGCGUUGAAGUGUCUUUACAAGGCCAGUCAGCCAGCAAUCAAGGCUCUAUCCUCAAUGCUCACCAGUCAGGUACUACCUUCUACCACUCGGCCCACAGUAGUACCACUCCAGUCCAAACUCCCACUCCAACACCAACUCCAACACCUACGCCAACCCCCACCUCUGAAAUGACACUCGGACACAGCAUGACACGAGAGAGCCCCUGCUCCCGCAUGGCUCCUAUCACCCCCGUGGAUGGAGCCAUGGGUCGCCACACCCCCAUCAGCACACCUCUGUCCAACUGCAGCAGCAGCGUCCCCCCAAGCCCGGUGGAGUGCAGGAACCCUUUCGCGUUCACUCCCAUCAACUCAAGCAUUACAGGUUAUCACGACGCCAGUAUCGUCUCCAGCAGCCCGGUUAAGCCCAUGCAGAGGCCGAUGGCAACACACCCCGAUAAGGCUAAACUAGAGUGGAUCAACAACCGCUACAACAGCACCUCUGCAGGUCCUUUGUCCAACCACAGCAUCGGAAUUCUUCCCAGCUACCAAGACUUGGUGGACGACCAGUUUCGCAAGCCACAUGCCUUUGCAAUCCCUGGCCAGUCUUUUCAGGCUCAGACGAGACAGGAUGCUCACUUCGGCCGUUUGACCCCCAUGUCCCCGGUGCAGCAGGUAUCUGGUGUAACAACUCCCACUAAACAGGAGAGUUUUGCUGUGCCCGCUCCCUUAGACAGCAAGGCAUCAACCUCAUCCGCAUCGGGUACUUUCCGUUGCCGCAGUGUUAGCCCCGCUGUGCGCCAGAGAAACUUCAGUGGUAACACCAACCCUCUGACCACCAACACCACCACCACAAAUACCACCUUCACUGCAACUACUCGAGCCGUUAUCUCGCCCUUUAACUCCCCAAUCACCUCUGAGGUGCUCAGCAUCCUGUCCAACAGCCAGGCUGUCGGCUCUGUCCACAGCAUGGUCCAGCGUAGCCAAUCUGUACCUCUGAACAUCAUGAUGCAGAGCGAGAUGCUGCCAGUGCAGGGUCAGAGUAACACCGCCAAAAUCACCAAUGUUCUCCUCAGCAAGAUGGAGGCCGACGGAGAUGAUUCUGUACGUGGCCUGGGCAUAAACAACCUCCCCUCUAAUUACACAGCCCGUAUGAAUCUCACACAGAUCCUGGAGACCACUCCUGGCUUCGCUGGAGGAACCGCUCACCAGAAUCAGUUAGCUCCUGUUAGCUCCAGCCCUGCCGCCUUUGAGCUCCAGCAGCACGGCUACCUAAACACUGGGAGUGGAGAACAGGUGAGUUUCUCCACUGGGGAUGGCCAAGCACAAGCAGGUUCUGGUGAGCAAGACCAGCAGCAGCAGCAGCAGCAGCAGCUCCAGGAGAAUCCUGUGCAGACACAACCACAGCUCCUCCUCCAGAGCACACAGCAGCAGCAGCAGCAGCAGGAGGUGGAGGACCAGCAGCAACAGCUGGAUUUCAACAACACUGUCAAGGACUUGUUGGGGGAUGACGGCCUUAACCCCAGUUCCCAGUUAGUGGGUCAGGUAGCUUCGGAGCUCAACGCCGUGGCGUCUGACUUCUCAAACGACAUCAGACUGACCUCAGAUCUGUCCAGUAGCAUCACUGACCUUAACACGUUGGACACAAACCUGCUGUUUGACCCCAAUCAGCAGCAGGAACAAUAUGAAGACUCAACACUGGAAGAACUGAAAAACGACCCGCUUUUUCAGCAGAUAUGCAGUGAUACUGUGAACUCUGGUUUUGACUGGCUAGAGAGCAAAGACCAGCCUACGACAGUAGAGAUGCUGGGCUAAUGUUAUCUUUCAUUGUGUAUGAUUUCCGUUCUCUGUUGUUUGUUUGGUGCGUAUGUAGUAUAUCUGUUUUUAAACUAUACUUUGUUGGGAUUUGUCUGGACUUUGCCAUUCGUUCAGUUAAAAGUGCCAGGCUUACCAGAAAAUCUCUCCUACUGACGUUUGGUUACUUCUCUCCUUUUGCAUUCGUUACCUGAAGUUUCAGUACUUAACCCCUUUUUUCUCCCUCAUCUGAAAUUAGAAAUGUAAGAAUUUCAAGUUCAACAGUGUGAGUACUUGGUGGCAGCAUGCACUUGCAAAGAGCAGGUUUGUACGGUAGGGACAUUAGAGAAACAUAAUCUUCCAUGUUAUAAUCAAUCAAUAAUGCAAUAUUUGUAUUUAACGAACAAGCGAGAUGGGUAGGAAAUUUGGCACAAAAGACCAAAAAGCGUAUGCUGUUGUGUACCAUUUUAAGUGUGUGCAGUUCAAGUUCAACCAAAUGGGGACACUAUUGGGACGGUAGAAUAUGCACAGAAUAGUUGUAGUACAUUUGCCUGCCAUAUCUGAAUAUUAAAAAGGGUAGCAUCUUGUGCUGCCAGGUGCUGAAUUUAUGACAUAAUCUUUAUACUUUAUCAUAACCAAAUCAGUGCAGAACUGAUUCACAUCUGAGCAUUGUCCAAGAGUGAAAUUUUUCUUAAAGCCUAUACUUCUAGUACUGUUUAAUAUCUUAUAAAGGGAGUAGAUGAAUCAGUAGGGAGAAGAUGGGAAUUCAGGCCACCUUGUGGACUACACAUGGAGAGGAAUCAACAACUGGCUGCCUUAUUCCCAAAGCCAAGGCCUUAUGCCAUCUUUAGAGAGACUGUACAUAGUAAAAUGUGGAGAAUCUUCGGAACCAUCCAGAGCUUCAUCAUAUCAAGGCAGCUGUUACUCUGAUGUUUUCAGUACUAUUUCUUAUUGUUUUUCUUUUGCAGUGUUACAAUAUAGAGUCGUAUUGUAUAGGCUAAAGACUACACUAUGUGUGCCCUUAAUAGUGAUGGACUUUGGGGAAUUUGAUAGGCUGUCAUUUCAUGAGAACCAUGGCAGGCACACUUUGAGUCAUGAGAAUUCUUUUGGCAUGCUAUAUACUCCCAGCUUGGAUAAGAAUAUCAAUGGUAUGGAGAAGGCUUAGUUACAUAGAGGGCCAGAGGCUGGCAUGUAUGUUUUGAUGUCAUCGUGAGAUCAAGAAGAAGUGAAAUGUGGUGUUUGUGGAGAAUCCAGCCUUAUUUCCAUACCAAAGAUGCUCUGUUUUAAAAACAUAAGAGAUUAUUACACAUAGAGACACUCCUAGUUAACAUUAACAGCAACGGGAAGCAGGCAGCCUCGGAGAUAUAAAAGAGUUUUAUUGCAUUUGACAAAAACAAUUAAGUUGCAUAAAUCUUAUGUACAGUAUGUAAAUUAGUGAAAUGGUCACUGUCCUAUGUUUUAUAGGUAACAAUGGACCUGAAAGCAUGUUGAAACCAUCACUGCUAGCCAGGUAGGCUAUGUGAUACAGUAGGAUGCUUGCUUGAGUUUUUGGCUAUUGUCAAUGUUGUAUAAGUCAUGUUUAAGCUCCAUCUGUAAAUAGGAUAGAUACAUAGAGAUUUGAUGUAUCAAGACACUAUAUUAUGGCCAUUAUUCUAGCUAAGUAUGUGCCAUUUAAAAGAAAAAAAGCUUAUCUAUAGUCGGCAAGAUACUGUAUGUUGUGUGUUACAUUUCUGGCUCAAUGUGUCGUAAAAGUAAUGCUGUCUGGUCUCGCUUGCUGAUUUUAUUUUACGUUUUUUCUAUUCAAAGAUAAUAGGUCUCUGCAGUUGCAGAAGUGAUGUGUGCUUUGAGCAGGAUCAAUAGCAUGGUAUAUUGAGAAAAAAAAGUUGUGAUACUGUUAGCUGGUUGCAAACAUCUCUGUGACAGACAUUGUGCUCAAAGCCUUUCAGCAGACACUGGAAAAAAAAAAAAGAUUACUCAUGUUUCAUCAAACUUUGGAGGUUCACAUUAUUGCACUAAAUUUUUAUGACACAUGGCUUUGCCAUAUCUUUAUGGACAAAUGUAACGAUGGAUGCCCACAAAAAAGAAAAAAAAUAUUUUUUAUGACAAGAUGAGUAGGGAAAUUAAGAAAAUGACUAAUUGUCUUGUAGCAAAAUGUGCAUUAAUCUCAGUGAGAUACACAUUUCUUACUCAUUCUCAUACAUGAGAAUAUAAAGCAUUGAGGGAAAAAAGAAAAAUAACCUUUUAAAACCUACAUGCUCAUUAUGUUGAUAAAUGAUUGUACGCACGCUUGCGUGAUGAUUUCUGUUGUACUUUGUAUUCUUGGUAACCACUGUCAUCUGUGAUUUGGGCAGGUUCUGUUAACCAGACUGGCAGUGCUAGUUUCAUGAGUUACAUUACUUUUGUUGUGUUUUGUUUACUAAGUUAAUGUCGUUCUUUAUGUAAUGUUGAUGGAUUUUUUUUUUGUUUAUUUGACAUAUUCUUCCUUUGCAAAAUGCAUUUGUGAAGAAAUUUCUUCUUUUUUUUUUAACAAUAAGGCACUGAUAUUUGAAUUUGAAUGAAGGAAAUGCACCUCUUUGUGAGUUCAGGAGCUCCAUCAAGCAGUGACUCUGAUUCUUUACCUUUGACUGACCCAGAACCAACUCUGUUUGACUAUCUCUGUCCAUUUCUACCAGUAGAAAAAAACCCUCCUCUGUGGUGUUGUCUGGUGUACUGCUUAAUGUACAGUAGCUUGUUAAUAUUGCAAACGCGUUGUUUCUUUUUUCAAUGGAAAGUACUCACUGGUGAGAUUUUUAAAGUGGUUUUAAAAGCCAAUAAACUUUUUUAAAGAA